CGCAAACAAGCACCAGCCAAUCUAAACCUCCGUUAAAUAAGGCAUGCUCAAAAGACUCAACACCGAAUACUUGUGGCACAUCAUUGAUUUCGAACAUGGGUGACAAGGAUGACGGUCCGCUCCAGGAUCUGGAAAAGACGUACUGCCCUCCUCUAGACCCUGCCUUGCUCACAGCCAUCGCGUUCGACUAUGACCUGACGGACUCUGCCCAACUUGACCAACUUCGCGAGACUCUGGAUGCGCUUCGGCUGUCUGCUUGGGAACAGGAGGAUCUGCCCUUCGACCCUUCCGGCACAUCCGGUUUAGGUGCAGGACAUGGUCCAGAAGCAGAUGGGUCGUCUGAGCUUAGUGAGUCCCAGGGUGACCGGUCGCGGGAGACAGAUAUCACUAGCCUCACGUCAGGGUUCUCUUCGGUCGGUAUUAGGGACCAUGUCUCGUAUACUAUUGGACCGGAUGGGUCUCUCCAUCUGUCUGGAGCGAAUGAAGAUGAUAAGAUUGGCUAUUUGACUGAGAUGUUCCCAUCAGUUGACCGGUUUACUAUCCAGCAUACGUUGAAGAAGUCUAAUGGGAGCAUUGAUCGCUCGAUGGACGUCCUACUCAACCUAUCGUUCUUUGAUGAGCAAGUACCUGACGAGGAUGGGGUGGUCUCUGUUCCUAAGGGCGUGGACGGCUUUGAUGACCCCGGAGCAGGCAAGAAACAAGCUCGUAAGCGCAAACCCAAGAAUAAGAAUGCUCGGAGACAAGAGGUCUUAUCGUCGACGAGCUCCGAGGCUAGCUUCGAGAAUACAACGAACAAGUGGGAUGCUGCUGGAAAGGACGUUGAGUUCAUUCAUGCGCGAACCUCAGCGAUCUUAAAGAAGGAGACCGUCCGCUCAACUUAUCAUGCUAAUGGAGCCUCACUUCCUGCUACAAUCAGGGCUCUUGCCGAUACACACGCUCCAAAAAAGCAGAUCGAUGAGGACCCAGUCACGGUUACGCAAGUGGCUGAGCUCACGCAAGAAUUCCCUUCAGUGCCGCCGCUCACAUUUGCCGGCUUACUCAAGAUCACGAGGAGUUCUAUAUCGGCCGCCAGUGAGCUCGCGGCGGCUAUGCUGACAAGCCCGGUGGCUCCGUCCUUGACUGAGAUAAUCAAGAUCACUACAGCACCCCCACCAGUGGACGUUGACGAGGAGACUCCGAAACGAGGCGCUACACCGGUGACCCGAGACCUCAACCGAGCGAGAAGUGCAGCAGGCGUGCACUUUGCAGCUGGUGCUGAAGCUUUGUCGAAGGCAUCGGUCGCAUACCGGCGCGGUAAAUCAGAUCGGUUGAUGGGAGGUGCGGCUGCCUACUAUUCCGCAGUAGGACGAGAUCACUUGGAACGCGCCAAACGCAAUGCCGCUGCUGCUGCCGAUGCUCUGGUCGACUCACAGUCUACAUGGAACUCGCUCGAUCUGCAUGGUGUAUCCGUGCAGGAUGCGGUGCGGAUCUCUAGCGAGCGGGUAUCCGAGUGGUGGGACUCCCUGGGCGAUGCAAAAUAUAUGCGUGGCAGUGGAGCCAGCAAUCCUGUUCAGGGUGGCUACCGCAUUGUCACUGGACUUGGACGGCAUAGUCAUGAUGGCACUUCCCGCCUGGGCCCGGCUGUAGCGAAGAUGCUGGCCCGGGAAGGCUGGAGAGUGGAGAUUGGCGCCGGAGUUUUGACUGUCGUUGGAGUUGUCCAACGUCGCUGAUGCAUGGCAUGAUGGAUUUUGUUUACCCUUUUAUGUCCCCAUUUGGCGACUGAUGCAUACGAGAUACCCGGAGGCGUUCAUGUAGACAGCGGAUCUGGAAGGCGCGCUUUUGCUAGUUUUGCUAGACAUUUGUUGUACUUAACAUCUGUUGUACAUACAUGCGUACAGAGCUUGGAGACAGGCAUUUUCAUGACGAUUUGAUGAAGACUGAACUAGCUCUUGAUGUUCUUUAAUUCGAAGGCAAUAUUAAUAUGGGGAAAAUAGUAAGACAAGAGGGAAGUUGUGGUGUUUCCGUCCGGAUGA